CACCGGAAUGGAUGGAUGGUAAAAGUAGUCGAACUGGGAACUGGAGUCGAAAAUGGCAAGUAAGAUGAGUUCAAGUGUACAAACGGAGUUGCGGACAAUAACUGUGGUUAGAGUGCGCGUUAACUUUGGAUAACUCUGCCAGCGGCGCGUUUCAGUGGUGUCCACCUCAGAUCUGCAGCGGUGGAUUGGAGCACACACAGGCUGCACUUUGGAGUAUGAUUUCCUACGUUUGAACGGACAUGCUUCCCGGAAUGCGCUGUUUCUCCUUUUUGCAGCCACGCGUGGUGAUUUCCCCGAGUCAGAUCCUGACUGCAACUGCUGCAAAGCUCCACAGGAGGAGGCAAAGUUAACUUCUAUGAUCAUUUCUAAAGUGUGUUUUCUUCGACUGGGCUGCUAACAAAAGUGGUUGGUUGCAAAACGCAUGUAUGGAAUACUUAUGAACUCCAGCCUGUGAGUGUACAUUGUCCUGAUCCUAAUGUGCUGGUGGAGAAAGUGCACGUCACCGAACUAGAACUCCAUCCAAGCAUGAAAUGUUGGUGCAGCGCCCUGGCACUUCUCCCAUGGGUGCUGGUGGCCUUAGAUGCCCAGCUAAUCUGCUGGCAGGCGCUCCUCCGGUGCAACGAGGAGCCCGAGUGCGACCUCGCAUACAGUCAGUACCUAGCAGCUUGUGAAGGUAACAUCAGAGGCACGAGGAGGCAGUGCCCGAGCCACUGCAUCAACGCGCUGAUCAGGCUCAAUCACACCCGCAGCGGGCCAGACCUGGAGACCUGCGACUGCGCCCAGGACCAGGAGUGCCUCGGCGCCAAGCGAGCCAUAGAGCCGUGUCUCCCCCGCAGACACCCGAGCGAUGCCGGGGGGAUAGGGUGCAUGGAGGCCCGGCAGCGCUGCGAGGAGGACAGCAACUGCCACACCUCCCUCACGGCCUACUUGUCAUACUGCGGGCAGCUGUUCAAUGGCAGGAAGUGCUCCUCCAAGUGUAAAGCCACCAUUCAGCAGAUGCUGUUCAUCCCAAAUGGCAUGCUACUGAACCGCUGUGUUUGUGAUGGGGUGGAGAGGCCUUUCUGUGAAGUGGUAAAGGAGAACAUGAGCAAACUUUGCUCCAUAGGAGACCACAUUGUUAUUUCAGACCAGCCUGAUGAUGACAUCUAUGAGGAUGAAGACUAUGACCCUAAACAUGACAGAGAGGAGGUGUAUAUUGAUCGUUCCUCUGCUUCCCAGAGGUUGCCCAGCUGCAUGACUCUCCUGUUUCUUCCUCUUGCAUGGAUAUUAUUCUGAGACAAUGGCUACUAGACAAUUUGGUUGGAUUUAUAAAUGACAGUGUGAUUCAAAACCUCUGUUCAUUCGAUCCCUACGGGGAGCGAAGAGUCCAGCUGGAGUUGGUAUGGAAUUAGUAAAACUCUUCAGCAUGGCACUAGCUUGCUGGCACAGGAUUCAAACCCAGGUCUGCCGGAUAACGGAGGCUAUUUUUUCACCCCCAGUCCUCCCUGCCAUUUCAUUUUAGUUGCAGGGCGACAGUGAGCACAGUAGUGGUGUGUGUCCUCUCCACAACCGUACAAUUUGCAUAGUAAUUCUUCUCAGAGCACAAAACUGCCUUUUUUGAUUUGUGAUUCAAAUCUUCACAUAGAUGGCCUUAAAGCAAACUGCUCACUUUUUUGCCUGUUGACAAGAAUGUCAAAUAUACUUUGAGGUGAUGAUGAGAGGAAGUGAACCACAGCAGACUGGUUGCAGGGCAUUGCCAAGUUGAGUGCCUUUAAACAGCUCCUGUUUGUUUGGUUUCAAUGGUACUUGGAGUGUGGCUUUAUUAAGACCUUAGACAAACAUUGGACCCAUCCAGUCUCUGUUUGCUCUGCUCUCCAUUUCGGGGGCCUCUACAUUGUUGCAGCAACGACACUUCAAAUAUUUGUGGGAACAGCCAAAGGACAGGCAAGGGUGUGGGAUCAAGUACUGAAAUUAACUGAAGCGCCUCUCCAGCACUCUGUCUGGGGCCCAUCCCCCAUGUGAGAUUGUUUUAUUGAACUUUUCCUGAGACACCCCCCACCCCGUCUUCCUCCUCUCAACUGCCUGCCCCCUUUCACGCCUUUAAAAGACCCCCGACUUUAUUACUGCUUUCACACUGAAGCACCUAGUCAGGAAAGACUGUCUGUUGCUGGUACAAAUGGGUCAAUUUAUCAUAGCGAGAGUUUGUCCACAGCACUGCUCAUUCCACAGAGUGAGUUUACCGCAUAAGUUAGUUUGAUUCACUUUCAGUUAAUUUGGUUGCUGAAUUUGUUUAUGGAACAAAAUCAACUGAAAAUGAGUCACAGGGUUGCAAAUUUGGUUGCUGAAUUUGUUUAUGGAACAAAAUCAACUGAAAAUGAGUCACAGGCCCUGAUUGGACACUGCUUGGCUUUGUCUUAUAUGGCUGAAUUCGAUAUUCAAACUGUGAUUUGCUCAACAAAAUUGUUACAAUAGGUUUCCUUGAGCUCAGCAAACAAAGACAGUACAUUAAGGAUUCAUAUAAAGUCUUAAAAGUUUGGAGAAAUGCUUGAUUUUAGCCAUUAUCUUCUCCAGGUCAGGAAUAUGAUUGCAUUUGAAUAUACUCCUUGAUAAUGCUUGAAUUUUAACAGGAUCUGGUGUUUCAUCUACACAAUCACUGUACACACUCAUGUAAACUAAACAAUCCUGUCCCCAUAUGAGUUUUCUUGUCUCCAGGAGUCUCACACCAGAUGAGCUAAGCUAGCUAAUAGCUAAAUAACUCCUGUCCAGCUGGCAAAAUAAUUGCUGUGGGUAUGAAGGAAUUCUGUAAACAUAAUUUUUCACAAAUUGCAUCUAAAGUAACAAGAUUUGAGGAUAAAAAAAUGUUAUGUUAUGGAUGUAAUAAGAAAAGCAUGACCAAACACAGGGUCACACUCAGCCUUAUUGAAUCUCCAGUUCAGCAACAACAAAUCAAUCAGUGGAUAUAAUAAAGUUACAACAGGAGCAACAACAUACUCACUCAUCAGUCUGGUAUAAACAUACAUCAUACAUAGGCUGAAUGUAUGUUGAUAUUUUGUGUCACAGUGUUUGUUAAAGGAGUGUGAGUGUACUAGGCUACACGUAGAGUGCUUUUAACACACAGGAUUGUACUUUACACAACACAAACUACAAAUGAAACUCUAAUUAAAGCAAAGAGAUUGAGUCCAGUUUACAAAUUUGCUGUACUUUUUGAGCUUGGGCUGGGUAUCGAUCAAACAUGUGGCAGCAAUCUGUUCAAUACCGGUUCCCGAAUUAUGUUUUUUUCUAUAACCAAUUUUAUAAAAUCCAUUUUAACAAAAUGAAAAUAACAUUACAGAACAAAUCUUUGUUUACCCAGCCCUACAGAAGGCUUUUAUUUUGUGUGUUUUGAGACAAAGAACAAUUAAUCACAAUCAUUUUUGGACCUGCUUUGUAUUAUUAUUAUUGAGCAGCAAACAUGGCAAAUGUUACCUGUCCCAUGGUCCACACCAAUGGUCCAGGAAUUUUGAAGCAGCAGUCAUUUCAUUUCAUUCUCAUUAAGCUGUUUAGAAAAAAGGGAAAUUAAAACAAUAUAUUUGUUAUUAUUGAUCACUUGUAAUGAAGCUGCCGAUUUGUGUCUUUGCCACUUGAAAUUGUCUAAACUAAUCUUUUUGUUUUGUUAUGAAGUCUUGAUAAAUGUUGCUAAAUGUUAAAUUAUGAAGCUAGAAUAUGAAGAUUGUGUAUAUAUUUUACAAUUAUAUGCAGUAAAAUGAGCCCACAGUCACUUACAGUUCAAUACAAUAUGAAGACAUAUGUAGGACAGAUUUUGUGCACUCAAAACCUGACAUGAUUUAGUUUUUCAUCUCAUCUUGUGGGAACAUAGCAGUAAACACUUCAGAGCAACGUCUUCCAUGUGGGAGGGUGAGUUUUAUAAUAAAAUGUUUAUGAGCUAAA